UCAGCUGACAGAAGUUUUCCAGUCCGGUCAUGUGGUCAAACAGGGCCAAUAUUCGCAAACUAAACCGUCUAGUUUUGUACAACUCGAAAAGAACUCUGUACUAACGACCCGGGUGUUGAAGCCUUUACUAAAGCAGUUCUUACCGAGCACAGGUGGGGGACUUGGUCUUUGCUCAGUUCACUAUCGCCAACAAAGACAUGGAGCCGGAGCUGGUUUGCAUAGACAGCUCAGGCCGAGCCAACGGGAUGGGGGUGUUUGGGCCAGGAGGGCUGCUCUUUAGAGUCAGUCUGGGCCUCGUCAGAAGGUUGCUGGCACCCCAUAGUGACAUCCGCUCGGACCUGGACCAGCUUUUCCCCUGUGAGCUGGUGGUGGGGGUGAACGGCCGAGUAUGGGUCAAAUCCUCCAGCAUCCAGCAGACUCUGAUUCUUGCCAACCUCCUGCAGAGCUGCGACACCAUGACAGCUCCUCAGAGACAGGAGCUGUUCAAGAGGGUCAAACAGGGGGCGCUGAAGACGCCUCACAACCUGCUGGUGUGGACUUUGUCUUGAUGUGCAUCCAAACUUUUGUGGGAAAAGAUCUGACACCCCUCUGUUUUUUUUUUCAAUAAAUACUUUGCUAAUA